AUGAAGGAGGAGGCAGCCCGUGGCCUGGCAACCCAGCAGUGCGUGUCUCUCCUCGCUGCUUUCUGGAGCGCUGCGCUGCCCGUGAGCACCGCCCAGCACCAGGGCAAGGUGCUCCAGGGUGAGAUCGCGGCGCUGCGGGCCCGGCUCUCCGAGAGGGAGGAUGCUCUGCAGAGCACGGCCAGGCGGCUGCGCAGCACAGCCCAGCUCAAGGACAGCAUGGAGCAGUUCAUCGUCACUCACUUGACCAGGACACACAGUGUGCUGCGCAAGGCCAGGACGAACCUGGAGGUGAAGGCCCAGCAGGCCCUGCCUGUGGCGUGAGGCCCGUGCAGGGCAAGGAGCAAUGGCCAGCGUGGAAGAGCCCGCUGGCUGCUGAGCUGUGCCAGAGAGCUGGAGCAGACCCUGUCCCUGCUGCUCUGAGGGCUGGGGUGGAAAGGGCUCUGGGGUGUCCAGUACUACACAGUCAGUGGGUUUGGGCUGCUGUGGUGGUUGCAUGCCCUCCACCAGCCUUUGCUUGCCAUGGCAGCAGCAGCUGUUGGCUUGGGCUUUGUCUGGCUCCUGCUCCCUUCCACCCUCAGUGCUCAGAGUGGGCACAGCCCCCCACGCUGAGCACCCCUUGCCCUGGGACCUGGUCCCCCUGUAACCCUGUCCCUGCUUGUGGAUAUAUGUAUUUGUAUAUAGACAGAGGUAUUGGAAAUGCGUUUUGGGGACUCCAGAUGUGUCGGGGCCCCAGCGCAGAGGAAGAUGUAAGAAAUGCCAUAUUCUGUUCAGUGGCUGAAGAGUCCCCAAUAAAGGUUUCCUUUGGGUU